AUGGCUAAAGCGGGAGAAUUUCAACCAUCCCUGUCCUGUUCAAGUUCCCGCAUUGGCCGAAGUGGUAGUGGUGCUGGUGGUAUUAGCAGUAUCAGCUGCAGCAGCAGCACCACUAGCAGCACUAGCAGCACCACUAGCAGUAGCACCAACACCAGCACCAGCAGCCUCACCAGCAGCAGCACCUGCACCAGCACCAGCAGCACUAGCACCAGUAGCACCAGCACCAGCACCAGUAGCACCAGCAGCAGCAGCACCACUAGCAGCACCAGCACCAACACUACCAGCAGCAGCAGCAGCAGCAGAACCAGUACCAGCACCAGCAGCACUAGCACCAGCAGCACCAGCACCAGCAGCAGCAGCAGCAGCAGCACCAAUACCAGCACCAGCAGCACCAAAACCAGUACCAGCACCAGCAGCACUAGCACCAGCAGCAGCACCACCAGCACCAGCAGCACUAGCACCAGUAGCACCAGCACCAGCACCACCAGCAGCAGCAGCAGCAGCACCAGAACCAGCAGCACCACUAGCAGCACCAGCACCAACACUACCAGCAGCAGCAGCAGCAGCAGCAGCAGCAGCAGCAGCAGCAGCAGAACCAGUACCAGCACCAGCAGCACUAGCACCAGCAGCACCAGCACCAGCACCAUACCAGCACCAGCAGCACUAGCACCAGCACCAGCACCACCAGCACCAGCAGCACUAGCACCAGUAGCACCAGCACCAGCACCACCAGCAGCAACAGCAGCACCAGAACCACACCAGCAGAACUACUAG